CUUUUCCCCUUCCCUUCGUUCCCGGACGGCAAGCCGUCCUCACCUUUUCCCUCCUCCCCGUCCGCCUCUUCGAGCGGUUUCUCGACCCUCCCAGAGGUAUCGAGCGAGUUCGCCGACGAGGCAAAAAUGGACCAGACCAACGCCUGGUUCCUGGGCCACCACCACACCCAGGUGGUGGCCAACAUGCACAAUAAGUUCCAGGAUAUCCUGGACUACGCCAAGACGAAGAAUCGCAAGAUUCUUCACAUUGACUGGAUCGCUGGAAACCCCAACGAUCCGGCCAAGUUGGCUGAUGCUGCUGCCGCCUGGAGCGGCAUGACCGAAGAGGAGCGCCGGCUCCGUGAGACCGUGGCCAGAAUGGUCAUGAAGCACACCCAUGGCACGGAGAAGUGGGAUGAGACCCUCACCUGGAACAAGACCAUGUUCUUCGGUGACUGGCUGAACGACGACCGCGGGUUCCGCCAGUACUUCAUGGAGGUCCAGAUCAAGCGGAUCUCGGGAGACGACCCGACCCUUCUCGAGCAGUGCGGCAUCAGCAGCAACUACGUCUGGCUGCCCAUGCACGACGAGCACGCCCCAGCUAUCACCGCCCUCGUCUGCCCGCCUGCCAACCCCCGCCCUCCCGUCCUGGUUGCCCCUGGUGCUCCCAUCAUCCCGCACCGUCAACUCCCCGACCCGACCCAAAUUGCUCGUGCUGGUGGCCCCAGUCGCCAGCAGGUCAUUCCCCCGCCUGUCUCGGACCGUGCCACCACGCCCCAGCCGGGCUCGCCUCCCGUUUCUCCUCCGGCUUCGCCGCCGACUUCCUCUUCAUCGUCUUCUUCGGGUUCUUCGUCGGAUACCCAGCCCACUACCCAAGACAAGGGCAAAGGCAAAGCUCCCCGCAUCACGGCCGCCGAGUUCGCCCAGUCCCUCAAGAAGCGCACUCCACUCCCCAGCCUCAGCAACUUUGCCCAGCGCGUGGCCAACUGGGACAUGUCGUCCUCUUCAUCGUCUUCUGCUGUUGCCGGUCCCAGCAACCCUCCUUCGGGCACUUUUCGCCCGCCCAUUGCUCCUCCCCCGGGUAUCCCCCGCAGCCGUCCUCUUCCCCUGACCGCUGCCGAUGCCGCUGCUGCGGCUGCCCGAGCCGCUCCCGCGACCAGCAGCCUAUCCGCCGACACCAAUUCCGAAACCAGCGAGGACCCCUACCACAACGACCAAACCCACCUAACCUACACGACCCGCCCGGUCAACUCCUUCGACGCGGUAAUCCCCGCGCACCACGUGCCGGCCCAAAGCGCCGCCGACAUGUCGCGCCACCGCGAAGAAUACGACCGCGCGGCCUACGCCAAGCGUCUCGAACUCGACCGCAUCUUCACUUUCCUCCGCGAGCCUACCUUCGCAGCCCGCAUGUCCAAAUCCUACAUCUACGCCGUGCGCGUCGUCGCCUUUCCCGACCGCGGCGGUAGUAUCAAUAACUUCACGGGUCCGUCUGUGGACGCUCGUCAGGGAAGUAUCAUGGCCUUGGGUGGCUGGGUGGUGCCGCCGAUGGAGGAGCGGAUCAAGUACCGCGAGGAGAAUCCGGGUGCGUACCCGGCUCAUAAGGCGGCGCCGCCGGGGACAUAUGCGGGCCCGCCGAAGCCGCAGGUGCAGAAUGCCAUGCCGGCGCAGCUUGACUGGUCGGCGGGGUUGGAGCCGCGGUAUUUUGGGCCGGUGGCGCCGGUUUGGAAGGAGGUGUGUGAGCCGUCGUUGGAGGAUAUUUAUUGGAUGGUGUGGCAGCUGUUGGCGGGGAAGCAGUUCCUUGGAUUCCAGCCUGGUGUUGGGUUUGGCAAGUCGCGGUUGAGGGCCUCGGGGGAUUUGGAGCUGUUGCAUCAGUGCCCGUUUACCAGCCCGUCCGAGGAGUCUCAGUACCAGGCGGCUUCUUAUCCGCGUGGUAAGGAGACCAAGUAA